GAUUAUGUCCGAAAGGGGAAAUAAACAGUUAUGAAAAGGAAAUCCAGCUGAAGUGAAGAAAAGGUGGAAUGCAGAACUCUGAGAAGCAGAAUCCUCGUCUUCUGGCUAAAAAGCUUGAGUCUCCAACAUCCCUGACCGAGUUUGCCCCUCUCAGUUCUGAUGAAAAGCCUCAGAGCAUAAGUUCCUUAAUCAGUUCUUUGUUCCGCAGAAAUAAAAGUCAACAAAAUCUUACACUUAAAGUUCCGGAGAUUAAAAAAAGUGAAACUGAUAGAAGUUCCAGUGAGGUUUUUUCAUCUCCCGAAGAUGAAGAAACAAGAAAAACAUCAGUACCAGAACCAUGGUCUAGUGGGCAUAAAAUAAUUUACACUGGUUUCUUAUCUCACAGUGUUAGUAACGAUAGUUUAAAUGGUCGUACCCUGAAAUCGAGAGACUGGUCUGAAACACACUCAGAUGGCAGUGCAGCAGAUACCCAGGAUGUGCAAGUGCAAGAUGUUCGCUACACUAGAAAUGUUACGAACGUACUUCGAAGAAUAGUGAACAUAAUAGACCGCAAGAACUUGAGUACACAAUCUUACAAAGACAGUGACUUGAAGCAGUAUUGGAUGCCAGAUAGCAACUGUAAAGAAUGUUAUGAAUGUGGAGACAAAUUCACUACCUUUCGCCGUCGUCAUCACUGUCGAAUCUGUGGACAGAUUUUCUGUAGCCGUUGUUGUAAUCAAGAGAUUCCAGGAAAGAUUAUGGGGGUUGCAGGGGAUCUUAGAGUCUGCAUGUACUGUUGUAAAGUUGUGUACUCCUACAUGAAGUCUCUUGGAUCUGAUGCGGAGUUGUCUGGAGAUAUGCGUUAUGCAUUGGAGGAUUUGAAGAAAAAGCUCAAUUUUCUACCGGGUCAUUCUUCAAGUGGAAGUCUACCAGAACUUGGUAUGUGGGGACCAUCUCGAAGGAAAAAUUCUGUUGGCUUUCGAGAAGAAGAAAUAGCAAAAGCAAAGUCUUCAAGUAGAACAGAUGUUAGUGAAUUCUCAUCCACACCAGAUCUUACUGCAUUAUCUCCACAAAGGCAGACAUUUUCACCAGAUCAUAUUGCCUUACAAGAACUUUGGGCUCAAAUACAGCAUCCAGUGAAUGGACUGGAUUUUCAGAAUCAUCGACACCGACUUCGAAAUUAUCCCAUGUGCAUUGUAGGAAGUGAACUAAUAGAGUGGCUUUUAUCCCAAAACAAAGCAAAGACACGGUCUCAAGCUGUAUCAGUAGGACAGGCCUUGGUGGAUGCUAGGUUUCUAGAGUGUGUUGUAUCUCAAGACCAGAACUUCAUUGAUGGUUACUCUCUCUAUAGACCAGGGGAGGCUAGUACUUUAGAUAGCUCUGUAUUACCAGUCAUUGGACCUACCUUACCAGCCAACCAAGAAGGCUCCGAACCUCUUUGGGUCAAGGAAAUACAACAAGCUGAUCGUAGUAGUCCAUAUGCUGACACAGAUGAUACUGCAGAGCUUAUAGAAGUAGACCCUGGGAACUUUUCAAGCAGUCACACAAAUGACAAAGAUGGCAGGCUAUCUCUUAGUUCUUCAACUUUCUAUCUUAACAUGGACAUAGAAGGGGCAAAGGUUAUGGCCUCAAGACCAAGAAUUCCAGUGGCUGAAGUUAACCAGUCAGAAAGUGACAAUGUAGUUAGCUCUGCUAGAGAAAUUCCAUCCUGUGAUGUUGAAGUUGUGGAUGAUUCACACCGAGGAUUUAGUGGGUCUCCCAUCAGGGACAACUUCUUGAAAGGUGCUCUCUUGAUGAAUAAGAAGGAAGGACAAAAUGUUGAGGAAAUUUCCAUUCCAAGAGGAUGGCACAACAACCAACAGUUACGUGAGGACAAUGGAGAAAAGCUGGCCUUUGAGCGUCUCAACUGUAGCUACAGUUCACAUGAACAAGCAUUACUUCGUCAGCUACUCAGCUCGGAAGGACUGUCUCUCCAAUGGGUGGACAUUCUCUCUUCUAUCAUUCAUAAAGUUAGCGAAACUGUUAGACCAGAUGUAAAACACGAUGGUGAUGAAAUGGAUAUUAGACAGUAUGUACAGAUAAAAAAGAUUCCUGGAGGCACAAAGGCAGAAUGUUCAAUUGUUAAUGGUGUGGUAUGCAGUAAGAAUGUUGUUCAUAAGAUGAUGAGACUAAACAUUCUGAAUCCUACAAUUAUGUUGCUGAGCUCUUCAAUUGUGUAUCAAAGAGUGGAGAACAAGUUAUCAUCCCUUGAUCCCAUUAUCAUGCAGGAACACGAGUAUUUAAAAAACAUCGUUGCCAAACUAUCUGUCUACAAACCAGACGUGCUUUUAGUUGAAAAGACUGUUUCCAGACUCGCUCAAGAGAUGCUUCUAGAUAUGGGAAUCACCUUAGUCAUUAAUGUUAAACCUACUGUUAUGGACAGAGUAGCUCGAUGCACACAAGCUAGUAUUAUUUCUUCAGUUGAUGCUCAACUGGGUAAACCCCAUCUUGGAAUCUGCCAUCAUUUCAACAUCCAGACAUUUAUGCUUGGCAAAGGAAGAACUAAAACGUUGAUGUUUUUUGAUGGAUGUGCUGCCAAUCUGGGCUGUACUAUUUUAUUGAGAGGGGCAUCUGCUACAGAACUAAAAAAAGUUAAACAGAUAACACGGUUUAUGGUAUAUGUUGCCUACAAUUGGCGACUGGAACGUUCCUUUUUGAUGGAUGAGUUUGCAAUGCCACCACCUCAGCCAGAUGAACUCCCUGUUAUUGUGGAAUCCAAUGAACAUGGUGUGUUACAUGAGUCAAAUCAACUACCAGAAGAUAAAGAUAAAUCAUCCAGUGACCAUGAAGAUGAGCUGGAUGCUACUAGGACAACUACUCCAAUUAGCCAUGAACCAAAACUCCCUCACAGACCUACUACUUUGUUUUUUAAAAACUCAUCAACUGUUGACCAUGAAAAUUCUAAAUCAAGAAACAACAGUGAGGAAGGUACAUCCAAGAGGGAACCAAAGUACAUUGAAGAUUGUAGUGAUCCCUUGAGGUUGUACCAGCAGUCAGAAGAUGACUCCAUUUUCCAUCACAGUGGUAGUAUCUUGCAAGAAGCUUCUUUACCUUUUACUAAUCAUUUCAGGAAAGCUCUAGAUGAUGUCAUAUUGUGUUGUUCUCCUAAUAUCAGAGUGAAUUUACCAUACUUGGAGACAGAGGCAGGGAGAAACUGUGAGCUUCGUCAGUUUUUUCCAGAAGAAAUUUACUGGUCUGCACAGUUUCUUCGAGAAGAAGGAAGUGGACGAAAGAUUAGCACACAAGAAUUUGAUGAUUUCUCAGUUCAUUCUCUAAAUACUAUAAAUCAUGAAUCAGUUGAGUUACUUCCAUAUCACCCUUUUGUUUUUCAAAAAUUGACUUGUGAUAUCCAAGAAUCACUUUCCUUACAGUCCAUGCUGGCAGACUUUCGUGCUCGGGGAGGAAGGUACCGUCUACUAUGUCCCCAUGAUAGAGUAUCUAGGGAACAGGAUAGAAAAAGUUUGAAAGAGGAUUCUUCAAAUAACCUUGUAAAUAUGAAAAACUCUGAAUUUCCUUCACAGACAGAGACGUAUUGGGAAGGAAAGGUUGAUGCACUCCAUCCUUAUAACCACCAACGAUUAGUGGUGUUGUUUUGUAGUUACUCGCCUGCCUCCUACAAUGCUCCACUCUAUUGUGUUAGUCCUUGGGUUGUCAACAUGGACUUUUAUGGAAGAAAUGAUAUACCUAUAGGAGGUUUUUUAGAGAGGUAUUGCUUUAGGUCCACUUAUGCUUGUCCAAGCCAAACAUGUGAUAAACCAAUGACAGAACAUAUUAGAAAGUUUACUCAUGAGAAUGGCUGUGUUCAAAUCUUGCUGCAUCGUCUAGAAACUCCUAUUUCUGCUGCCCAGAAUAAUAUUCUUAUGUGGAGUUGGUGCCACAAAUGUGGGCUGCUUACACCUCUUGUGCCUUUGUCUCAAGACACUUGGUCUUUGUCUUUUGCCAAAUAUCUGGAGCUUCGUUUCCAUGGCAGCCAGUAUGGAGUAAGAACAGUAUCAGAAUGUGGUCACUCAAAGCACCAUGACCAUCACCAGUAUUUUGCACAUAAGCAUGUUGUUGCUUCAUUCAAGUAUACUCCUAUUGUGAUGAGAGAGCUUGUCUUGCCAUCAUCUGUGAUAAAAAUUGAACAACAGGCUGUAGCAUCUAUCAAGCAUGCUACAAUAGAAGAAAUAAAGCAUCUAGCCAUCAGUGGAUACAGUGUGUAUAGCACUAUAGUAGAAAGACUGUGUUCCCUAAAAGCAGACUUCCAGGGUACAAGGUUUGAAAAAAGCAUAAAUGAAAUGAUGACAAGCCAACAAGAUGAAAGAACUAAAUUUCGAGAGAAAAUUGAGGAAGUUCAACUUCGAUUGACUUCACCUUCUUUAGAAGAAAUCGAUGUAAGCCAAGGGAAUGAGAGGAACAACAAAGACACGUAUCGCCCUGUGUGGAGAAUUGUUGACACUGUCGUGCAGUUAAGAUAUCAAAUUGCAGAGGCUGUUCAAAACUGGAACUCAAAGAUCCAAGACUUUAUGACAACUACUAAGAAGGAGGAUAGGUUAUCUAAAGGAGCAGGUGUUGCUCAGAAACCUGCCCCUGGGUUCCAGCAGCUUCCAGUUUCUCCAGGUUUUGAUGUGUCUCACGACACAUGUUUAACUGAAGUACUUCUUUCCAGUGGUAGUCAGAAGUUUUUAAAUAUUGAGCUUCCUAAAACAUUGACUCAGACAACAGUUGAAAACCUAAGCAUACCAGAAGAUGAUCCUUCAAAGAAUCUUCAGGAAAUGGUCAUUACAUCAAGUACUGAGAUCAUUGAGGAAGAUUCCAGUCUUCUCCAGCCCCCAUUCUUGAGUGGGUCUAACAAAGACCUGAAUCAAUCCAUCUCUUCUGAAAGCUAUUAUUCACAGACUUCGUCUUUCUCUGAGUUAGGACUGUCAUCAACAGAGCAGAAAGCCCCUAAUCCUUCCCUAGAACCACUGAAACCAAACUUAACUGCUUCUAUGAAAAAGUUUCCUAGUACAGUUCUCUUCAGAGGAGAGUCUGGUAUUCCAAUCCUACACAGGGUAAACAGUGAACCUGUAAAUGUUGGCAGAGGCCCAGUAUCUUCACUUGUGGAUAACAAACAAGAUAAGAUAUUAGAAGGCCUGCAGGCCAGUUUUUCAUCAGUCUGCACUAACUCCCUCUCAGUAAGAGGAGAAGAUGCAGAGGAGUCAGUAGAGAGCCAUGAUAGUAGUUGUGAUAUAACAGAUAUUCAACAAUAUG